UAACAAUUUAUGCAGCCUUAGAUUUAAAACAAAACGACUUUUUAUUGUUUCAGGCUACAUUCUUUUUACAUGUAUAUAAUACACAAAUAUUCCGAUUAGAUCGUUUGAAAUAAAACAAUACAGAUGAAUAUGUGGAACCUGCAGUAUUAUUGCAUUGGUCUGUCUUCUUUUAUACUUCUCAGCAGUAUGCAUCUAUGCUCGGGCUACUACAGACGAGGAGUGGAUGAAGCAUUCUAUGAUUCAAAGAAAUCUAUGGGCUUCGCAUCGGAAGCAAUCUAUGGUGAUAAGUAUCAGUAUGGAGGAUCAGAGAGCUUUGUACAAUAUGGUGGUGAUGGCUAUAAUGAAUAUGGUGGUUAUGAUGGAGGCUAUGAUUAUGAUUCUGACCGUUAUUCUGGUUUAGCAUACAGUUCUGUGAAUAAACUGAAAGAAUUGCAUGGUGAAGGAUAUGAUUAUUCAUAUUACCCACCAAGAGGUGGAUAUGAUUAUUCAGAUAGUUAUGAAGAUCAAUCGGGUGGAUACACAGACGCUUAAAGAAAAUCAUCUUUAAGGAUCAAAAGUAAAAAACACGUUUUAGUUCUUAUCAUACCACAAAAGUAGUCAGCCAUAAAGUCUCUCAAUAUGCAUAUUCAUUGAGUGACAAAUCGCUAACGCAAACAUGUUGACGAUUAUACUCAUAAACGUCUUCCAUAAUAAUUUUGUUACCUUCAAAAUUAUUAAUUUAAAAUAAAUAUAUAAUUUUGUUGCAUAU